AUGCUCCAGUUUCUCAUUCCACUGAUGCUGGAGUUCACUGAAUACCCCCAUAAAAUUCCAGAGACAUGUGGUGAAACAGUAUAUCCUGAUCUCGAUAAAUCAAAAUUUUUGAAAAUCAAGGGCAGGAAGCCUGCUAAAAUUCCAGAGUUCCCAUGGAAGGUGAAUAUUUUUGACCAAGGGAGAUAUCUCUGUGGAGGAUCCAUUCUCAAUGAGUGGUGGAUUCUAUCUGCAUCCCAUUGCUUUAUAAACAAAAAAAGGUCUACCUUGGAGGUCAUAUACGAUGAUGGAAAAUCCAGCACCAACAACUUGACGACAAAGAAAGUAGACAAGCUAAUUACUCACCGCUAUUUUGACAGUUUGCUCUUGCGUAAUGACAUCGCUUUACUCCUGCUCAAAAACCCAUUUAACUUCAGUGUCAUGGGAGUGCCCAUCUGCCUCACCGAGGUCAAUGAGAUACAGGAAUGGAGAAAGUGCCACUUUACCAUUUCUCAUGGAGGUGUGCGUGAAAAGCUGCAGAAAGUCAAUGUGGAGCUGGUUGAAUGGGGUAGGUGCUCCGAAAAUAUGCCUAUGGUCACCUGGGACAUGCUGUGUACUAGGAGCACUGAAGAUUGGAAGGAUGCCUGCCAGGGUGACAGCGGGGGGGCUCUGGUUUGCCAGAAAAAUAAUAAAAGCCCAUGGUACCAGCUGGGCAUUGUCAGCUGGAGUGUGAACUGUGGCGAGAAGAAUGUGAUUGGAGUGUACACGAAGGUGGCUAAUUACCUGUUAUGGAUGUUCGAGGAGACCACAGCAGCAGGAAACUCCUUCGUGCCUGAUCCAGACUCUGGGUACAAUUUGCUUCUAUCACCAUCGCCCAUCUUGUUACUCUCUUUUGUGAUGCUUCGGUUAACCCUGUGA